UUUUCCGCUGGUACGUGAACGCGGCGUUGACCCGGAUGUUUACGUCAGUCGUCUUCUCCCAGCAACAGAACAGAACCGGACCGGACCGUUAGCUUGUUCUGCUGAGGCUCCUGGACCAGAUUCUGCUCAACAUAACCGAACAUGGCUGAAGUGGAGGAAACUCUGAAGAGGAUUCAGGGACAGAAGGGAGUGCAGGGGAUCAUCAUCGUCAACUCCGAAGGAAUCCCCAUCAAGACGACUCUGGACAACUCCAGCACGGUGCAGUACGCCGGACUCAUCCACCAGCUGGUGAUGAAGGCCAGGAGCACCAUCCGAAACAUCGACCCCCAGAACGACCUCACCUUCCUGCGCGUGCGCUCCAAGAAGAACGAGAUCAUGAUCGCUCCAGAUAAGGAUUAUUUCCUCAUCGUCAUCCAGAACCCAUCGGACUGAAACAGAAACAGAACCGGCCGCCCGACUCGUUUCUCUCUUUGUCUGUCUCAUGUUUAAACAGCCAAACGUUUCUUUGUCUUGCUAAAUGAAACGAGUCCGUUCAUCAGAAGCUUCUCGCUGCACCAGGAAGUGACGGCACGAUUCGAAGGUGGAUGAAGAUGGAUCUGCGCUCAGUGACGGAUGUUGAUUUUUUUUUUUUUUUAAUCAUUCCAGCUCGGUCUCCUCUAUCUCUCUGUGAAGUAAACACACUGACAAUAACACACUUACUGUGUGUUACUGUCAGUUUACAUCAGAGACCCGUAGAAGAGGGAGAGAGAGCGACGUGUUGAAGUUUGAGGACGUUUCUUUGGGCUUGUUAUUUAUUGUGUUGGCGUGCAGUAUUCCACUGAGCAGAGAGCGACACUACAAACACUCUGCUGAUGUUUCUGAUUUUUAACAUUAAAAAAUGAUCAAAUGUG